AUGACUUCGGCAGAAGUUAAACCAACCAAAAAGAAGAAUAAGGUUCCUGAGCCACCGUUGUCGUUUUCAUCACUUCCAGACGAGCUUACAGAGAACAUUCUUGCCCGUGUCUCGAGAUGGAAGUACGCAUCGCUCUCUCUCGUCUCAAAGAGAUUCCACUCUCUCUUAUCAUCUAAAGAGAUCUACAGGACACGAUCUCAAAUAGGAGCCACAGAAACAUGCGUCUAUGUCUGGUUAAAGUUGCCCGAUCACCCGUGUGCAAGCUGGUUUAGCCUUCGGACGAAACCUAAUUAUCAAAACCGAACAAAACAGAGAGGGAAGAUAAGGUUCAAGCGGGGCUCGAGUGGACUUUCGGUUGAGCCUAUACCUUCCUCUUCUACCGAUUCUUUUCCCGAACAAAAUAACAUCACAACGUUUGGUCCGGAAAUUUACAUAAUAGGUGGACGCUACAAACCGUCUUCCUCUGUUCGGAUCUUUGAUUGUCGGAGUCACACUUGGCGUGAUGCCCCUAACAUGACCGUGGCUAGAAAGAAUGCACCCUUGCCUGGUCCUGGCGCUGAUGAAGACGAGUUACGUAAUCACUUACGCAAAUCUAGUGAAUAUGUUAUAGUUAAUGAGUUCGAAGGGAAACUUUACGUAGCGACAGAUGAGAAGGAAUUCUCUUACGAGCCGAAAAAUGGUAAAUGGAAACUUGUAAGAGAGACGUCGAGUUUAAUAUCAGAUUCCAUAGAUGUUUUGUGUGAGAUGGGGAAUGUAAUAUACGGUUGCACUGACUUAGGGUACUUAAUGUGGUCUGCCCCAGAGAUGGAGGGUAGAAAGUGGAGAGAGAUCAAGGGUUUGGAAAAACUCCGUAAGCAUCCUACAAGAGGUUUAGAAAUUGGGUGUGAGUUUGGACUGGUGGGCUAUGGUGGCCAACUUUUAGUUAUGUGGGAUACAUAUAUAUACAAACGAUACAACAAAAUUUGGUGUGCAAAGAUUUCUUUAGAAUCAAGACGCAAUGGACGUGAGGUGUGGGGAAAAGUUGAGUGUGUUGAUCUGCUUACCUUUCCUGUCAAAUCAUAUGAACGGUUUGGUUGUGUUGCUGCGUCAAUUUGA